AUGAGAGUCAUUAAUACAGUUUCAAUUGCCGCUAUUUUAGCUUCGUGGUUACCCUUGGUAACCUCUGUCACAAGGGAUGUUCCUCCGGGUAGUUUUAAAGUCGAAUUCAACAUUAGAAGAGGUUCAGCUAGAGAUAUGUUGUCCCCAAAUGAAGAUUCAAGCCCUAAAUUUGUAAAACGUGAGGAAGAUGGAUCGUUUGAAAUCGAAUUGGUUAAUGAGAAAACAUUUUAUCUAGCUGAUUUAUACAUUGGGUCCAACAAGGACAAAAACGAGGUGCUUGUUGAUACUGGAAGUUCAGAUCUUUGGGUCAUGUCCCAUGAUCUUUUCUGCUACGGAUAUGGUUACCGCAGAAGAAAAAGAGAUGCUAAAAAUGUCGUCAAUGUUGGUACUGGACCCAAGUUUAUUGAAGAGGACGAAGUUGAAGAAAAACCGACCAAGUCUAAGAAUGCCAAUAAAGCUCCAGUGAACAAAGCAGAAGAGAGUGCUUACUACAGCUACACUUACCUCACUGAUUAUCCUGAAGCCAGUGAUUAUCCGGAGCCUUCUUAUGAUCCGUACAGUUAUUACAGCUAUGAUACUUAUUAUGGAGGAUCAAACACUUGUACUUCAUAUGGUACUUUCAACACAGAAAAUUCAGAUUCCUUUGUUCAAAAUGAUACUGAUACGUUUGUGAUUGGCUAUGCUGAUGGUACUUUUGCAAGUGGAAUCUGGGGUCGUGAUACUGUUAGAAUUGGUAACUUGUCGGUAGAAGAUUUAAGUUUUGCUGUCGCUAAUGAGUCAUCCAGUGAUAUUGGUGUCUUGGGAAUUGGAUUACCAGGUUUGGAAGUCACAAAUGAAGAUGGAGGAUACAUGUAUGAGAACUUGCCAUUAAAGAUGAAAACCGAUGGGGUUAUUAAGAAAGCAUUAUAUUCAUUAUAUUUGGACAAAGCUGAUGCCAAGGCUGGUUCUAUUUUAUUUGGUGCUGUUGAUCAUGCCAAGUAUGAGGGAACUUUAGAAACAUUGAAAUUGAGAAAUACUUAUGAAGAAUAUGACUACCCGGUAAAGUUUGAGGUACCAGUUGAUAGAAUUGCAGUUUACAAGAAUGGAAAGACUACCACUGUCUUGUCUUCAACUGAGGGUGUUGUAUUGGAUUCAGGCUCAACCUUGUCUUACUUGCGCUCGGAACAGAUCGAAGAUAUUGCUGAUACCCUCGAUGGAGUUUACUCAUAUGUUGCGGAUGCUUAUACAAUUGAUUGUGAUUAUGAAAAGGACACAUCAACAACUUUGGAUAUCUCCUUUGGAAAUAGCACCAUCAGAGUUCCCGUGGCAGAUUUGGUUAUUGAAUCUACCUCUGGCUCAACAUGCUAUUUAGGAUUAUUCGAACAAUCUUUAAACACCUCGUAUAUUUUGUUUGGUGACAAUGUGUUGAGAAAUGCUUAUGUUGUCUAUGAUUUGGAAGAUAAUGAAGUCCAUAUUAGUCAAGCCUACUACACUGACGAUGAGGAUAUUGAAAUUGUUGAGCAAAAUGUUCCUACCGAAGGAGGACAAAAACCUACUUCGACUGAAGCUGAAUCUUCGAAUGAGACUGAAAGUGGAAACACCAGUGAAAGCACCAGUGAAAGCAGCAAUGAAUCUGAAUCUGAAUCAUCAUCCUCGUCUGACUCUUCAUCUACCGGCUCUAAUGGAAAGAAAAAUAUUGCCUUGUCAAUGUAUUCAGUGUCGUGGAAUUACAUCGUUGGGGGAUUAUUGGCUUCAUUUGUUUUGGUAAUUUAA